AUGUUGUCCGUGCUUUCGUACGGUCGACUGGUCGCCAGAGCUGUCAUCGGCGGGCUCUCUCAGACGGACGGCCGAGACUACAGCCUGGUGACGGCGAGCUGCGGUUUCGGCAAGGAUUUUCGUAAAGGCAUCCUGAAGAAAGGGAUGUGCUAUGGGGACGACGCUUGCUUCAUCGCCCGACACAAAUGUGCCGAUGUUUUGGGUGUGGCAGAUGGAGUAGGAGGCUGGCGGGACUAUGGCGUGGACCCAUCCCAAUUUUCUGGCACGCUGAUGAAGACUUGCGAGCGCCUGGUGAAGGAGGGACGCUUCGUUCCCAGCAACCCCGUUGGCAUCCUCACCGCUAGCUAUUACGAGCUCCUGCAGAACAAAGUGCCACUGCUGGGCAGUAGCACAGCCUGCAUUGUGGUGUUGGACCGCCAGAGUCACCAGCUGCACACAGCCAAUUUGGGGGACUCUGGCUUCCUGGUGGUCCGCGGGGGCGAGGUGGUACACCGUUCCGAUGAGCAGCAGCAUUACUUCAACACACCCUUUCAACUUUCAAUUGCGCCCCCCGAGGCCGAGGGGGCCGUCCUCAGUGACAGCCCAGACGCUGCCGACAGCUCUUCUUUUGACGUCCAGCUGGGUGAUAUCAUCCUCACCGCCACUGAUGGCUUGUUUGACAACAUGCCAGACUACAUGAUCCUUCAGGAACUGAAGAAACUCAAGAGCGCCAACUAUGAGAGCAUUCAGAACACUGCUCGCAGUAUUGCAGAGCAGGCCCAUGACUUGGCCUAUGACCCCAACUACAUGUCACCUUUUGCUCAGUUUGCAUGUGACAAUGGACUCAAUGUUCGAGGAGGGAAGCCUGAUGACAUCACAGUGCUGUUGUCCAUAGUAGCAGAAUAUACUGACUAG